AUUACUUAUGCAGUGUUAGAAGGCUGCUACGGGCGUGUAGCGGUCCUUACCGCGCGCGAAGCCUACUUUCCAACAAAUUUAAUCUUCUGCAACUAAAUUAUCUCAUAAUUAACCGUUUUUUAAUUUUGCUUACGGAAUUCUAAUAGGCAAUAAAAUUAUCUGUACCCGCAAAUAUAAACCGGCUCAUUUAAAUAGUUCGUGCUCAUCAUGUGUCGUUCAAGGUUUUUUGGGUCAUCUUAAAAAAAUGGAGUAGCAUGACUUUGACAGUUCGCAGUUCGCUAUUUUAUUUACAUGGCUGAUUGUGUUUUGUUUUGACGCUUUUUUUCAAAGGUUGUGAUUUAUUUUGUGACUCAAAUUAAUGUGAUAUUUAUAUUGUGGAAUUACAGUUGUAAACGAAGUUGUUAAAAGAAAUCGUAUGCAAAAUCCAGAUACUUACAAGAUAUGAAAUCAACAAAAAAUAAGCAUAAAUUAAUAAAAAACAUGUAGUUUAAUGCCAAGUAAUAUAUUUACAUAGUAAUAUGUUACACUAAGUAUAUCAAUGAAAAACAGAAUGUAAAGUUAACUAUAAAUUAGUUUUUAUGGCCAGUAUUAGGAAUAAUUAGGUGUAUUAUGUAAUAAAAUGAAGUGUAGCUUCUACAAAGAAUGCAGUAAUAAAGGAUUGUUUCUAUUUCUAAAAGGAGCAAAUGUACACGAGAUUUGGACAAAAGGCACUUAAUGGUUUACAUGGAUGGAAGGGAGGGCGUGGGGCGCCGCGAAGGUGCCGUGCUGCCCAAUACAAUGGAGGCAUGCGAGCCGCCCAUACAGUUGGAACCAGUGGACCUGAGCUUGAAACGACAAUCGCCCAUACCCCGGCGUCGGUCGCGAUAUGUUGGUACCAGUAUCCCGACUUCCUCGAAAAUCAUCAAAGCAGAAGAAUCUACAUCUACCCAAGUACAUUUUGAAUCAAGUCACGAAUUACCAAGAAUAAAAAUAGGUCCCGACCUUCGGAGCGCUAGAAAACUGAAAAACGUUAACAGAUUCAAACAGCCUCAACCGCUACAAACUCCGCAAUCGCUAUCAACUUCUAUGGAACUGUCAAACAAGUCAUUUUUCCCUCCAAUAUUACCUUUUACGAUCCCACAUAACCAGAUAAAACCAAAUCUACCCGCAGAAAUGGAAAUAAAAAACUUUUUGCUCAAUACCGCUCUACAAAAUGCAUUGACGGACUCCCUAAGUGAACUAUCCCAGAGAAAAUAUAAUAAACUGGAGGUAGUUAAAAAAGAAAGUGACACAGAUAAUAAAGAAAGUGCGAACGAGGAGCAAAGUCGAAGGAGGUUACAUAAGUGUGACGUUGUUGGCUGCCUGAAGGUGUACACUAAAAGUUCACAUUUGAAAGCUCAUAAACGGACACACACAGGUGAAAAACCCUACAGUUGCGGAUGGGCAGGCUGUGGCUGGAGGUUUGCCCGCUCGGACGAACUGACGCGACACACCCGCAAACACACCGGCCACCGCCCCUUCGCCUGUCCGCUGUGUCGCCGGGCGUUCGCACGGUCCGACCACCUCACCCUGCAUAUGCGGAGACAUUAAAGGUUUGGGCAAACAAAGCGCGAGGAAACUACCUGGCAGGAUGGCACACUGAACCCGCGUGUACGAUUUGUAAUACAAGUGUUAGCGAAUUAACCUUUGCCUAGAAUAUGUUUUAAGAAGUUAAUAGUUUAGAAUUCAAGUUAAAGUUUAUCAUGCAUUGUAUAGCGAUGGAAUAAAGUCAGUUCUUAUGAGUUGAGGAUAUUUUUAUUACAAGAAUGCAUGUAAAGCUAACCCCAAACUUUUUGAAUGCUCUGAAAUGUUUACGAAUAGCAUCGCGUAACAUACGAGUAGCAUAAAACUUACUGAAGAUGCCUCACAGGCGCGCUUACGGCUCGCUAGCUCAAUUGUAUUGUUGUCGUCGACCAAAAGACGUCCACUUCUGGUCAUAGGGACAAGUUUCCACACAUACACUCGCUCGUCUCGCGUUAUUCCCGGACGGCGUAAAAGGGGUUCUACUCGUUGUACAGGCGCAAACACGGACUUCAGAGCAUUCCAGAAGUUUGGCGUCACCAAUAACUUUUAUAGAAGUAAGCGUUACUUUGCGAAGAAUUGGCAGACUGACACGUCUUAAUACUUUUAGCACAUUAUGAUGAUUCUUCUAGUUUUUUUUAAAUUUAAUAAUGUGGAUAUACUGGAAUGUACUUACUCCUAAAAUUACUAGUGUAUAAUUACAUUUAAUGUACCUGUGACUUUAAGUCAGACACGAGUUUCUUAUAUUUUUUUACAUUAGAUUAACUUUUAUAAUUAUUAUUUUUAGUUUAAGAACCAUUUUGUGGCAUUAUUUUGCACUUAACGGCCAGUAAACCUAUACAUUUAUAAAAUAUUUUAAAUAGUUACAUAAGGAUUAAAGUUUUAUUAGUAAAUAGUUUUUAUGCAGAAGAAUAAGAGCCUGUUUCACAACAGGUCCUUAUAGUCGAUAGGUAGAUAGUCACCAAUUGUGACAUUGUUUAUUUUUAUCUAAGAGUUCAUAUUGAAGUAAAUUGGGUGAUCAAGACCAGCCAUCAAUAAGUUAUACCUAUAAAUGCAUCAACACCGCAGUAACUUUUAGUAGAUGUUAAGAUAGCAACAUUAUAUUUUUUCUGUAAGGUACAUUUUGAUAUCGGACUAUAUGUAUGUAUGUAUUUAUUGUAUGUAUAUACUUUAUUGUACCACAAAACACAAAUGACAGGUUAAAAAAAAACUUAAAAUAUAGGUCCAAAAAGGCGGUCUUAUCGCUAAAUAGCGAUCUCUUCCACGCAACCUUAACGCUAGGGACAAAACGAACAAAUGGACAGUCAGAGUUGGUGGAUAUAAUAAACCUAAAUAUUAAUAGCUAAAUAAACUAAACUAUAUAAUACUAUAUCAACAUAUUAAUACACUAAUAAAUAUACAGAAUAAGUAUAAUAGACAGACAUACAUAAGACUACACAGGUAUAUAUACAUAUAAAUACAUAUGAAUUUGAAUAUACGUUGUCUAAAAGUCUUACCCCAAUUUACUUCCUGGGCUUUCUUAUUAUACUUAUGUUUUAGACAUUAUGAUGCUCAAAAGAAUUGUUCCACGAAAGAUACAGGGCAACGGUGGCAAUAUUAGAUAAAAAGUUAAGUCUAUAAGUUUUUACAGUUUUUUAAGUGUCUUUAAGAAUUCACGGUGUUUUAGUUUAAGUGCAGUUAAUUUUAUUUUGGCAAUUUUUUAUAUUUCUGCCCCUAUCAAAGGAGUCGUGAACGUGAAUAUCUUUAAUCUAUUGUAUGAAAUUUUGUAGAUACGUUCUAGGAGCUGAUAUCUACGUCUAUGGUUUUCCAGUUUCCGUUAAAGUAUUCAGUUUCAAAGUUCUAUGGUAGAAAAAAAUUCUGUCCCUUUCUCUCUGCUCUUUUCUUUCUGCGACUCUACUUGGCGCACUCUAUCUCUACCCAAGAUUUUACGCGUCAUAGCGCGUUACUUACGUGUUUCUGCUAAAAGCUAUUUUGUGUACUUUCUAAGUAAGCUAAGGGCAAGUAGAUUACAUAAUUUUUAUCAAAUCCAAACAAAUAUUCGUCCUCGACGAGUUUGUAUAGUUGUCUGUUAAGUGUUGUGUUUCUAAAGUUUAUAGAAAGUACUUAAUAUAUUUAUAUUUACAGAUCUAUAAAUUGUAGAUAUUCUAAGAAACUAUUAAAGUAAGCUUAAGAAGCAUCGCUAUCGUUAAUUUGCAUAGAAUGUAAAUUACUAUGAACAAUUUAGUUUGCACGUAUAAACAAACAUAAUUCCACGCAAAAAUAUGCGAGUGCCUUUAUAGAUUUUAGGUAUAGUGCCCGGCAAACAACUUGGACCUGCAGUGUAGUGGGAGAAAGUUGGCGAAUCCGGGUAGCGAAAGUCAAUGUAUCGACCAAUCGCUUGCACCCGCGCUGACUGAUCAACCAAUCGCGUGCACCCGCCGUUCGCCAGCCAAUCGCGUCAAUACCUACUCAAGUUGUUUGCCGGGCGCACUAUAGUCUGCCCAACUUAUAUU